AUGAUAGGAAGUUUUGAAGUUGUGGAACAUAAUUUUUGUGUAGGCGUUAUAUGCAUACCAUCAAACUCUGUCGGUUUAAUUCGUGAGAAACUUAUUGGGAAUGUAAGAAGUUUUGGCGGAACUGGCAAUGUUCCAUCCUGCGAUCGUCCGGCCCCUUGCCAAACAUGUGAUUUAAAUGGAUUAUUGAUUUUUGUACUCUACUGUGACGUGUCAUCCACUAAUGACUCCGGCAGCUAUGCGACUGAUGGUCGACUACCGAUAUACCGCACCGAAGUUAACUACGCCAAUACCAAAUGUUGUGAGGUGUUGUCUGACACAGUGCGGGCCGGCGCCGCGGGGCCUGAUGUUGGCGUCAUGGCCUUCAUGACAAAGAAAAAGCGAUACAAGUUUGGGGUGCAGUGCUGCUUGGAGGAGCUCACCGAGGUGCCUUUCGUCUCCGCGGUGCUAUUCGCCAAGGUCCGCUUGCUCGACGGUGGCAAUUUCCAAGACCAUUCUAGCAGGUCAGUUCAAAUAAGCUAA